UGUUUUUUCCUCUCAAGUAUUUUAAAGCAAAUCUCAGUUUUACCCUCAAGGGCUUCGUUGUGUGUGGCUCACACACAGCUGGGCACUCUGCAACACUUCCUCAGCGUCGCGAUGCUUGUGGGUGGUGAUGUCCCUGAGUCGGGAUGAGGGCCACGCGCUGCUUGUGGGUGGUGAUGUCCCUGAAGUUGCAUUUCUUCUCUCCGUUUCAUGCUACUUAUUUGUUGAAGGAUCGGUUGUUGGUUCUGUGACAUUUCCUACCUGAAGGUCUGGCUGGGUGCAUCCUUGUGACCUUGAACUCCUGCCUAAGCCGUCAGUAGAACCAGGUAGAGGCGGGAGGGCUAGGACUCGCCCGCGCAGGGCAGUGGCAGGGGAGCAGUUACUCUGGUGUAUAGCCACAGUGCUUACAUUGGAAUUUCCAACUUAAUGUAUUUUAUUUAUCUAGUUAUUUAUUUAUUUAUUUAUUCUUUUUUUUUUUUUGAGAUGGAGUCUUGCUCUGUCUCCAGGCUGGAGUAUAGUGGCACAGUCUCAGCUCACUACAACCUCCGCCUCCUGGGUUCAAGUGAUUCUUCUGCCUCAGCCUCCCGAAUAGCUGAGAUUACAGGUGCGCUCCACCACGCCCGGCUAAUUUUUGUAUUUUUAGUAGAGACGAGGUUUCACCAUCUUGGCCAGGCUGGUCUCGAACUCCUGACCUCAGAUGAUCCACCCGCCUCAGCCUCCCAAAGUGCUGGGAUUACAGGUGUGAGCCACCAUGCCUGGCUCCAACUUAAUGUAUUUUAAAACACGGGUUGUUUCAUAUUUUGAUGCCUGUUUUUUUUUUUUUUUUUUUUUUUUUUUUGAGACGAAGUCUCACUCUGUCACCAGGCUGGAGUAUAGUGGCACGAUCUCGGCUCACUGCAACCUCUGCCUUCCGUGUUCAAGCAAUUCUCCUGCCUCAGCCUUCCAAGUAGCUGGGACUGCAGGCGCGCGCCAUCACACCCAGCUAAUAUUUUUUUCUAUUUUUAGUAAAGACGGGGUUUCACCACGUUGGUCGGGAUGCUCUCAAUCUCUUGACCUCAUGAUCCACCUGCCUUGGCCUCUCAAAGUAUUGGGAUUAUAGGCGUUAGCCACCACGCCCAGCUGUGUUUUUUUGUUGUUGUUUGUUUUGUUUUUUGUUUUGAGAUGGAGUCUGGCUCUGUCACCAGGCUGGAGUGCAGUGGCGUGGUCUUGGCUCAUGGCAACCCCCACCUCCCGGGUUCAAGUGACUCUCCCGCCUCAGCCUCUCGAGUAGUUGGGAUUACAGGUGCCUGCCACCACACCCAACCAAUUUUUUUUAUUUCUUUUACGAGGGACGGGGUUUCCACAUGUUGGCCAGGCUGGUCUUGAACUCCUGACCUUGUGAUUCGCCUGCCUCCACCUCCCAAAGCACUGGGAUUAUAGGCGCGCACCACAUCGCCUGGCUAAUUUUUUGUAUUUUAGUAGAGACGGGGUUUUACCAUGUUGGCCAGGCUGGUCUCGAACUCCUGACCUCGUGAUUCGCCCGCCUCCACCUCCCAAAGUGCUGGGAUUACAGGUGCGCACCACAUCGCCCGGCUAAUUUUUUGUAUUUUUAGUAGAGACAGGGUUUCACCGUGUUAGCCAGGAUGGUCUUGAUCUCCUGACCUCGUGAUCUGCCCGCCUUGGCCUCCCAGAGUGCUGGGAUCGCAGGCCUGAGCCUCCUUGCCUGGCCUUGUGAAAAAUUUUAAUGUUAAUUUUCUUAUUUCAAGUUGAUUUUCAUUUAGUUUUUACUAAAAAUGCAAAUGUAGUUUACCGUUGCUUCUCUUUUUUUAUGUAGGAAAAGUUGAUGCAAAUUUUGCCUGAAUUUGGAGUUUUCCUAUUAGUGAGAGUUUUGUUACGAAAAGAUCGCCGCCACUUUGGUGGGUCAGCACUAAAGCCUUGUUUCAAUAUUUGCAGGGUCAAUUCUUUUGAAUAUUUUAAUGCUUCCCUGUUUGGAGUCUAAGAGCCAUUUUUACUUUAGUUUUUUUUCCCAGGCAAGUACUUUGUCUGAACAAUGUAUGAGCCAGACCUGGUAGAAAAAUGGGAGUUGGUGAAAUAGAUGUGCUACUUAGUGACAGGGGCUGUGAUUCUAACAUUUUGUCUCAUGGCAGAGUUGGAUGAAAGGGGUUUGUUCCUGCAGCAUGGCUCACCUGCCCAGUGUGUCCUGAGUCCUCAUGUGGCAGGGAGUCAGACAGCAGCAGCUCUCUUCCCAGCGGGGUAGAGCUCACCUGGCUGCAAGAGAUGGAGGUCUUGCUCUGUCACUCCGGCUAGAGCGCAGUGGUGCAAUUGGAGCUCACUGACUGCAGCUUCCAACUCCUGCGCUCAAGUGAUCCUGCCGCCUCAGCCUCUCAACGUGCUGCGAUUAGAGAGUCUGUAGAAGAGGCGACACCAGGGCUUCCAAAUGAACAACCGAAAGGAAGAUAUGGAAAUCGCGUCCCACUACCGGCACCUGCUGCGGGAGCUCAACGAGCAGAGGCAGCACGGCGUCCUGUGCGACGUCUGCGUGGUCGUGGAGGGCAAGGUCUUCAAGGCGCACAAGAACGUCCUGCUGGGCAGCAGCCGCUACUUCAAGACGCUCUACUGCCAGGUGCAGAAGACGUCGGAGCAGGCCACGGUCACGCACCUGGACAUCGUCACGGCCCAGGGCUUCAAGGCCAUCAUCGACUUCAUGUACUCCGCACACCUGGCGCUCACCAGCAGGAACGUCAUCGAGGUGAUGUCAGCCGCCAGCUUCCUGCAGAUGACGGACAUCGUGCAAGCCUGCCACGACUUCAUCAAGGCGGCGCUGGACAUCAGCAUCAAGUCGGACGCCUCAGACGAGCUCGCGGAGUUCGAGAUCGGCGCCUCGUCCAGCAGCAGCACGGAAGCUCUCAUCUCGGCCGUGAUGGCCGGGAGGAGCAUCUCCCCGUGGCUGGCACGGCGAACGAGUCCUGCCAAUUCUUCCGGAGACUCGGCCAUCGCCAGCUGUCACGACGGAGGGAGCAGCUACGGGAAAGAGGAUCAGGAGCCCAAGGCCGACGGCCCUGAUGACGUUUCUUCGCAGCCUCUGUGGCCUGGAGACGUGGGCUACGGGCCUCUGCGCAUCAAGGAAGAGCAGGUUUCACCGUCUCAGUACGGAGGGAGCGAGCUGCCUUCUGCCAAGGACGGUGCAGUACAGAACUCCUUCUCGGAGCAGAGUGUUGGUGAUGCCUGGCAGCCCACGGGCCGAAGGAAGAAUCGGAAAAACAAAGAGACCGUCCGGCACAUCACGCAGCAGGUGGAAAAUGACAGCCGGGCCGGCUCCCCGGUGCCGUCCUUCCUGCCGACGUCGGGGUGGCCAUUCAGCAGCCGAGACUCAAAUGCGGACCUGUCCGUCACCGAAGCCAGCAGCUCCGACAGCCGAGGAGAGAGGGCCGAGCUCUAUGCACAGGUCGAGGAGGGUCUCCUGGGAGGAGAAGCCAGCUAUCUGGGCCCUCCCCUCACCCCGGAGAAGGACGACGCCCUGCAUCAGGCCACCGCGGUGGCCAACCUGCGCGCGGCGCUCAUGAGUAAGAACAGCCUGCUGUCGCUCAAGGCCGACGUGCUGGGGGAUGACGGCUCCCUGCUGUUCGAGUACCUGCCCAGAGGGGCCCACUCGCUGUCCCUGAAUGAGUUCACGGUGAUCAGGAAGAAGUUCAAGUGUCCGUACUGCAGCUUCUCGGCCAUGCACCAGUGCAUCCUCAAGCGCCACAUGCGCUCGCACACGGGAGAGCGGCCCUACCCCUGCGAGAUCUGCGGGAAGAAGUUCACGCGGCGCGAGCACAUGAAGCGGCACACGCUGGUCCACAGCAAGGACAAGAAGUACGUGUGCAAGGUGUGCAGCCGCGUCUUCAUGUCUGCCGCCAGCGUGGGCAUCAGGCAUGGCUCCCGGCGCCACGGUGUGUGCACCGACUGUGCUGGCCGCGGCAUGGCCGGGCCCCUGGACCAUGGCGGCGGAGGUGGCGAGGGCUCUCCAGAGGCGCUGUUCCCAGGUGACGGGCCCUAUCUGGAGGACCCUGAGGACCCACGAGGGGAGGCAGAGGAGCUGGGCGAGGACGACGAGGGCCUGGCCCCUGAGGAUGCACUGUUGGCGGACGACAAGGAUGAGGAAGACUCGCCGCAGCCGCGCAGCCCCCCGGGAGGCCCCGACAAGGACUUCGCCUGGCUUUCCUAGGCCUGCCCGCUGGCAGGGUCGGUGGCUGCCUCGCUUCGUCCACCUGUGUGUGUGUCCAGCGGGUCUCCACUGCGGGGCCAGGGCCAUGCUCACCCCUCUCGCGGCUCCUCCUCUGCUUCCCCCUGAACCCACCCCCCACGGAAACCAGCCCUGUGGGCUCAGAAGCAGGUGCAACCCCAGCAAGAGGGGUGCUCUGGGACCAGACAUGAAGUGAGUUGGGGGAGGGUACAGGGUGGGUUUGAGUGAAGGAAGAGCACGGUCCUAAGUCCCCAGCAGGUGGUGCGGGUGUGUGAGUGGCCCCUGUGAUGGCCAACCUGGCUUGGACACAUGAUGGUCCUGUGGCCGGGUCCAGUGGGCACUGGGCGGGGUGGUGUGUUCGGCCCAGAGGCCCCCGGCCUGAGCAGGUGCAGAGUUUCACAGACACGCAGUCAGCCCGGCUGGAGCCUGCCCUCCCCUCCCCUAGCAGCCAGGUCACUGCCUGUGGCUGCAGCCGUGGCCCGUGGUGCAGCCGUGGCCCAUGGCAGCCUGUAGAAUCCAGGUGCACAGAGAGCCCUGCCACCCUCUUACCUCUGGGCUUUGGUGCUUAACACACAACACAGCUGCAGAACCCUGCUGGAGGCCGAGGGCUCCAGGUGCUAUCUUAGGUGGACACAGCCCUGGGGGCUCCUUCCAGGAGGACCCUCAGCCCUGUGCCCUCCGCCACUUCAGGCCACACCAGGUUCCCUCUGCAAGGGCCUUGGCUCAGUCGUGUGCACUUCCUCGGAGAGCCUUGAGCUGCCGUGUCCACCCUGGGCUCUGCCCGUCCUGUUCGGCCCAUGGCCCAGCCCGGCCGCUCCUGCUGACCCCUCCUGGACGGGCUGGAGCUGGGCUCCUGCCUUUGCUGCUAACACUGGAGGCGGUGUUCCUAACUGCAGCGUGCUGCUUACAUCUCCCCGCGUGGGUAACCAAAUUUCUAAGUAGUCAGAGACAUAUCGAGGUAGUUACAUAAAAUUAUUUUGUUUGGCAUUAUUUUUCUCACUCGAUGAAACUAUAUAGGGUUUUUUUUCCUUUAGCUUGUGGUCAAGUCCUCUUGCUGUGUUUUCAAAAGCACUCACAUGUUCUUUCUUUUCCUGAGUGAAAAGCAAAGGUCCCACGGUAUGUGCUGUGGUGCCUGGCUUUGGGGGUCCUGGAGGCAGGCUGCCCAGACUCACAGCCUCAGGACAGUUGCCACAGCCUGUCUGCUCGUUCAGGCUGCCUCUGACGCACUCACCACUAGGACAUUCCAUCCCUCACCCCCUUGUCUGGCACAGGCCACCACUGCGGUGCUGUGCCUUCGGAUGGGAGGUGGGCGCGGUGGCCUCCUUCCCUCCAGGACCUGCCUGUGUGAAGACCCCCCCCCGGAGUGCUGAGCUUCAGGGCUGCAUGGAAAGAGUUUUUACUCUCUUUUUCUAGCCUGUACACCAGGCUUUUCCCCACAUUGUCAGGUAGAGCACCAGCUUCCCUGACCGUUGCUGCUCGGGGAGGGCUGGGGCUGGCCGGGGGUCCUGUGGAGGAGAGUACAUGGAGGACUCCAGGUACAGCGCAGGAGUCACAGCUUUUGUUUUUUUGACAUUGGCUCCCGGUUCUACCAAUGACAGGGUGCCCUGGCUGGAGCUAUCAUCACACACACCCCUCAGCUCGGAGGCUGUGGGCUCCUCAAAGCUGGAGAAAGAGGCCAAGAUUUUUCUGCACACGGAGUGUGGGGAUAGGAACCGGGGAAAGCGCUGACCCCUCAGUGGUGAGCCCUGCCCACUCUUACUGAGCAAGGUGGGUGGCUCUGGCACGAGUUCCCCAGGGAGACAGCACGGCUACCAGGGAGCUCCAGCAGAGCCCUCCAGCCCUCACCCCAGGCCAGCCCUGCCCCGGCCUCUUUGAGAAUUCUCAGAACUUUGUACCUUUCCCCUGAUUUUUAAAGCCCUUUUCUAAACAGACUGACUUUCUUAUAAAAUACAUUUGGAAACCAGACCUUUGCUACCCACCAAUGUCUCUGGGUUUUGUACCAGUCCCUGCUCUCAGGCCACCCUGCCCAGGACCCGGGCCUGCCUCCCCCUCCACACUCAGGAUGUCCUGCUCCGUCUGGCCGGCUCACUCCGUGUGGCCUGCCUUUGCUGACCGUUCUGGGGUUCCCCGUCGGAGCUACAGGGGCAUUUUCUUCCCUAAAAACCAACAGUGUCCCACUGACCUCCCCAAGAGUUUGCCGCGUGGCAGAUCUCCUGUUCCUGUUCGCAGUUUGCCGACUGAAGAGUGUGGGAUUUCUGAGGCCCAGGUGAGCACGUCCAUCUCAGGAGGCGUGGAGGGAAAAGACAUGUCAUGAAGGGUUUUUUUUUAUGUGACUGAUUUUUUUUUAAAUCGAUGUUCAAACUAAUAAAUAUUUUUUUAUGAAGAGGAAAAAUGUGUAGAUUACAUUUCACAUUUUGUAUUUUUGUUUGUGUCUGUUUGUAUUUUGGUGUUUGCAACACCAAAGUGGGAAAUACAGUCCAUUGGGGGUAGUGUUAUUUGGGGGCGGGGAGGGGGCAGGGACACCACGAUUUUUCUAUCAAGCUCUGGAUCCUGACCAGGUUGUACACUGGGGCUCUCUGAGCUUUGGGAAACAGGACACUGCCAGGGCUACGUAGGGACCUGACUCAGAAGACGCAGCUUACUGCUUCCAACUUUGCACAUCUUCCUCUUUAAAAAACUGAGAAAAUGCAAAAACUGGAACUUUUUGCAAUAUUAUAAAAGAUAAUCUUAUUUUAGCUCAUUCUGUGACAUGUGCAACUCUUAAGAAAGCCAUACUUAAUGGUGGUGUUUUUUAUUUUUUAGAUCUUAUAUUGUGUUUUGUAUGCAGCCCUUUUAGAACUACUUGUAGUGAGGGUGCUGUGUGUGCUUUUCUUAAAUAUUUAUUUUUUCAACAUGCUUUCAACCUGUCAACAAAAACAAAACAGACAAAAAAAAAAGGGCAGUGUUUGAAGAUUGUUGAUUUUUUUCUGGGGAUAAUCUAUAUUAUAUUGACUUUCUAUUAUUAUAAACCUGUGUUUGUAUUGGAGAUGUGUCUACUAUUGGGGGAAGAGGUUCUCGUAAUCGCUCGGUGGGAAAUCAUGGCUCUGCCGUCCUGCCUCUCUGUGGCCGUGGGUUCACGUGGCCUCUGCGGUGAGUUUCUGCCUAGGCGCCUGUGCGUUUCCUUUCUGUGACGGGAUUAGCUUAGACAUCCUUGCAAAGCGAUCACUUUCAAUAAAUUGGGAAACUGCUGCUCCA